AUGACCGUUAAGGCAUACAGCAGUAAUCUAGAUAAUAGCCAUAGCACGGGUGUAGACACUAAUGAGAUUGGUGAAAUUAAUGAGCUUUUAACUAACUUGGAGAUUAAUCCUACUAUCACAUAUCAAGUUGCAAGAUUGAAAAGCUUAAAUUUAAAUGAAAUUACGGAACUAAAGCAAUUAGUAGAGUCUGAAUUACUGAAAUUUUCAGAGAUUUUACAAUCACAGAAUAUUGACAUGGAUACACAAUUGGUCACAGAGGAUGGAUAUCCACGUGGUGAUAUUGAUGUUUUGCAGAUACGAAUAAUAAGAAGAAAUAUUAACAUGUUGAAAAAUGAUCUAAGUAAUAUCAUAGAACAAUCCUUCCACUUAUUAAAUACUCAUUUUAAAGAUCUUAAUAAACCACAGGAUUCUUUAAUAUCUGGGGUAAAUCCAAACAGCACGAUUGAAUAUAAAAUCCCAUUUGCUAUAAUCAAGGAAAUCAAUGUGAAUGGUCCAAUUUCAUCUGCUGGUAUACAAAAUGACGAUAAACUAAUCAGUUUAGGUAACAUUCAUGCAGGAAAUCACAUGAAACUAAAAUCUUUGAUUAAUGAAGUUAUUCAAAACGAGGAUAAAGAAUUAGAUGUUAGAGUUCUUAGAAGAGAUCAGGAAAUUGUAGAUUUAGUUUUAAUUCCAACAAGAAAGUGGAACGGUACGGGUUUAUUAGGUUGCAAAUUACAAGAACUGUAG